CCGGGCCGGGGGGAGCCAACCGGGCCGGGGGCGGCCAGCCGCAGCGCCCUGCCCGCGCCUCACCCGCUCCCCGCCCCCGCUGUGUCUGCUGCAGCACCGGCGGAGCGGGCGGCGGCGCGAUGGCCUCCAGCAGCGGCACCGACGUGAUCCAGGUCACCAACGUCUCGCCCAGCGCCAGCUCGGAGCAGAUGCGGACCCUCUUCGGCUUCCUGGGCAAGAUCGAGGAGCUGCGCCUCUUCCCCCCCGAUGACUCCCCCUUGCCGGUGUCGUCGCGCGUGUGCUUUGUAAAGUUCCACGACCCCGACUCGGCCGUGGUGGCCCAGCACCUGACAAACACUGUGUUCGUUGACAGAGCCCUCAUAGUCGUUCCCUAUGCUGAAGGAGUCAUUCCUGAUGAGACUAAGGCUUUGUCUCUCUUGGCACCAGCUAAUGCCGUGGCAGGGCUGCUGCCCGGGGGUGGCCUGCUGCCCACUCCCAACCCUCUCUCUCAGAUUGGUGCUGUCCCUUUAGCUGCUUUAGGAGCUCCUGCUCUCGACCCUGCCCUUGCUGCUCUUGGGCUUCCUGGAGCAAACCUGAACUCCCAGUCUCUUGCAGCAGAUCAGCUCCUAAAACUGAUGAGCACAGUGGAUCCAAAGUUGAACCAUGUGGCUGCAGGUCUCGUGUCCCCCAGUCUGAAAUCAGAUACCUCCAGUAAAGAAAUAGAAGAGGCCAUGAAGAGAGUCCGAGAAGCACAGUCCUUAAUUUCUGCUGCUAUAGAGCCAGACAAAAAAGAUGAAAAAAGAAGACAUUCAAGGUCGAGGUCACGCUCGAGGAGGAGGAGGACACCUUCCUCAUCCAGACACAGACGCUCCAGGAGCAGAUCAAGGAGAAGGUCCCAUUCCAAAUCCAGAAGCAGGAGGCGAUCCAAGAGUCCGAGGAGAAGGAGAUCUCAUUCCAGAGACAGGAGCAGGAGGUCUCGGAGCACAUCCAAAACCAGGGAUAAAAAGAAGGAAGAGAAAGAAAAGAAGCGUUCUAAAACUCCCCCCAAAAGCUACAGCACAACCAGAAGAUCCAGAAGCACAAGCAGGGAGCGGCGGCGCCGGCGGAGCCGGAGCGGGACGCGGUCCCCGAAAAAGCCAAGGUCUCCCAAACGGAAAAUGUCCCGGUCCCCGUCGCCCAGAAGGCAUAAAAAGGAAAAGAAGAAGGAUAAAGACAAGGAGAGGAGCAGAGACGAGAGGGAGCGUUCAACGAGCAAGAAAAAGAAGAGCAAAGACAAGGAGAAGGAUCGCGACCGGAAAUCCGAGAGCGACAAGGAUGUGAAAGUCACAAGGGACUACGACGAGGAGGAACAGGGCUACGACAGCGAGAAGGAGAAGAAGGAGGAGAAGAAGGUGGCAGAUGCUCCCUCCCCCAAAGGGAAGGAGCCCGGAGCCGAGAAGGGCAGCGGGGAUCCGGGCAGGGAAUCCAAGGUGAACGGGGACGACCACCACGAGGAGGACAUGGACAUGAGCGACUGAGCCCGCCCACAGCCCCUCCAGUGUGAUCCUUUAUGCUGUACUUGUUAAUCCUCCACCUAGAUGUAUCCAGCUCCGAGCUCUCCAUGGUCUGUCCAUCCCGAUACUAACUCACACCCAAAGCUUGAGACAGGGAUCCCCUGCUCCGGGGGCCCAGCUGGGGCCGGGCCAGGCCGCAGGUCCCUCCCACAGCACGGGCUGGGCCACCCCUCCUCCCUCCCUGCCUCCCUCCCUGCUUCCCUCCCUCCGGAGUGUCCCGGGCUGAGCCAGCAGGGCCCAGCAGUGUGGGGAGUGUGGCACAGCCCUCCUGUCCUGUGGGAAUGCCCCGGGAGUGGGGCACAGCCCUCCUGUCCUGUGGGAAUGCCCCGGGAGUGGGGCACAGCCCUCCUGUCCUGUGGGAAUGCCCCGGGAGUGGGGCACAGCCCUCCUGUCCUGUGGGAAUGCCCUGGGAGUGUGGCACAGCCCUCCUGUCCUGUGGGAAUGCCCCGGGAGUGGGGCACAGCCCUCCUGUCCUGCAGCCACCGAGUGGCUGCCAGGGGCCUCCCGGACACUCCGGAGUUGGCCUUGGAUCGCACCAGCUCUUUGUGCUCUUGGCUUUAGUUCUGGUUUUAAGCCAUGUGCUGGGCUUGGUUGGGUUUGGGUUCCCGUUGGGUUUUGGUUGGCUUUGCCCAGGGUUCUGUGCCCUGACCUUCCUGAGGGCUCUCUCUCCAUGUCCCAGGGAGAGCUGGAACGAUCUGACCUUGGGAAGGGGAAUCCUGGCUGUGCCCAGUGAGGGAGGGUUGGGGGAGCAGCCUCGCCCAGGGCUGGGGGCUCGGGAGCUCACCCGCUGCAGCAGGGAGUGCAUUUUAAAAUGACCUUGGUCUGUUUUUAAAGCGAGUCCAUUGAUAAUGUACUUUUUACUUGAUCUCAAGUUGUACAAACGGAUGAAUUUGUGUUCCUGUCCCGGCCGUUCCCUCCCUCCCGCACUCGGUGAUCCCAUGGUAUUUGCAGAGUAGUUACCCAAAGCUGUUCCUUAGUUCCAGCAGCUCCAGAGCUUUUACUUUUGUGCAGGUAAAGAGACAAAAGUAGCCGACAGUCUGUGCCAUGUCGAUGUACAGUUUCGGAAAAUGUUUUACAAAACUUUGAUAAUAAAACCCUGAAACUUCAA